AUGUCACUGUCAAGUUGGAGACAAUUCUCCUUCUUUGAACUAACCCCCAUCAAGGAUCCCAAUUUGGGCUCAGAAAAAUCUCUCUACUCAGAUCCUUCUUUGACAAGCGUAUGUGCUUCCCCAGAAUAUCUAAUUAUUGCCACUGCAUUCAACAAGGUCCAGCUGAUCACUAAAGACUACAUUAAAAAAUUCGAUUUCACAGCAUACGAAUUGGGAUGGAAUAUCGUACACUUGGUUUACUUGACUGAUUCUCAUUUUUUGUGUACAAUUGCUGAAAGACAGGGCUUCCCUCUGACUCUCAAACUGUGGAAUUUGAAAAAGCUGAUGGCUAUGGAGAAAUCGGAUGAGUCUUUAGAAUUCGAAUUCCAUUCUUCUUGUCAGAUUGCCAAUGGGAACAAUAAUUUCCCCAUGACUGCAUUUACUCACUGCAAUAAUUUCUCCAUCCUAUGUUUUGGAUUUAGUAAUGGGAGUGUUAUCUUGGUUAGAGGGGAUCUACUACAUGAUAAAGGAACCAGACAGAGACUAGUAUUUGAGAGUAAUGAGCCAGUGACCAACUUGCUGUUCAAGGACGAAAACUCUUUGUAUCUAACCACCACAAGCAAGAUUUAUACUAUACCAACAACAGGUAAGAAUCAAGGGAAACCUGAUAAGAUUAUUGAUAGAGGUGUUGGAGUUGACAUCGGCUGCUGUACUUUAGACCACAAGAGGCAUCUUGUCGUAGGAAAUGACUCAAUGUUACAAUGCUAUUCAACCAGAGGUAAAUCGAAUGCCAUUGCUUUGGACAUAUCCAAAAAAAAGCUCUUUGCGUUUGGAAAAUACAUCUUGAUCAUUUCCAACGAUCACAAAUUGUUGAUAAUAGAUGUCAUCAACAUGUUUAUCGCCCUUAAUGAGAACAUUGAAACUGCUAUCAGCAACAUCUUUCUUCUAUGGGAUGAUGUGUAUAUGCUGGGUUCAGACGGAGUUCUUUAUCGAAUACACGAACUAGACCAGAAAGCUCAACUCGAUAUUGUCGUUUCCCGAAAUUUGUACGAUAUUGCCAUAAGGCUUGCUCAAUCAAUGACUGGUAUUGAAGAAAGUGAUAUUCUAACUGUUCACAGAAAGUAUGGAGAUUACUUAUAUGAACAACAAUCAUAUGGCGAGGCAAUGACUGAGUACAUCAAAUGUUUGGCUCUCGGGAAAACCAGUGAAAUAAUUGCAAAGUAUAAGGAUAGUUCAAAAAUAUCACGACUGGCUUUGUACCUAGAAGCUAUGGUUGAAGAAGGCCAGGCAAGAAAAGACCAUAUCACUUUAUUGUUAUGUUCCUAUUGCAAACUGAAACAGAUUGACAAACUUUUAGAAUUUCCUCAAAAACACCCAGAUGUUGAGUUUGAUCUCUUCACCUUGAUUGAUCUCUGCAGAGAGAGCGACUACUUAGAAGUUGCUUCGACUAUUGCUAAACAAUUUAACGAGCCGUCCAUUGUAGUUGACAUUGAACUGAAUGAUUUGAAUAAAACAAAAUCAACACUCGCAUACUUGCGAACGUUGCAAAUAGAAGACUUAUUGAGAGUUUUACUAGAUCAUUUGAAACCAUUUUUAACUCGCCUUCCGCACCCCACAACCAAACUCUUGAUUGAGGUAUUCACAGGCAAGUUCAAACCUACUCCUGUUUCUCAGGAAGAAAAAAUAUCUGAACCUGAAGAGAAGCAGUUUCCGGUUUUACAAAGCUAUCAAGCAUUUGUAUCAUAUAUGGCAUCAUUAACCGAAACCUCAACGUCGGAGAAUGAACAAAAGGAUGAUAUUUCACCCACUUAUCUCCCUCCAAGACCCAGUAUCAUUUUUUCCUCUUUCAUUGACCACCCCAAUGAAUUCAUCAUAUUUCUUGAAGCAUGCUUGGAGAGUCAUGAUUACUAUGGUGGCAAUGACCAGGAUCGGAGCGAUAUUUUGACAACACUAUAUGAAGUAUAUCUGACGAUGGCUCAGGAAGAGCCCGAUCAGAAAUCUGAAUGGGAAGAAAAAGCAUUGACACUGAUCAAGAAUAAUAAAGCAAAAAUGAAUGAAACUUCUAUCAUAUUGAUUUCUAACCUAUACGGGUUUAAUGCCGGAGAAAUGCUCGUAAGGGAUCAACAGGUGGGAUUUGAAAUAGACCUAUUUCGAUCGGCGAUGUCCAACGGAGAUCUGCAGUCAAUUCAGAGUAUUUUGCAAGAGUAUGCCGAAGAACAACCAGAGUUAUACCGACUAGGCCUAAGCUACUAUAUCAGUGAUCCUGAUAUAUUCAAAAAAGUCGAAGAAAGUGGAGCUUUUAAACAGUUAUUAGACACAAUCACUACUAGAAACCUCAUGACGCCUCUCCAAAUUGUGCAAAAACUUGGUGAAAACAGUAUAGCUACUGUAGGCAUUGUCAAGGAAUAUCUUCUACGUUAUGUUACCGCUAUGAGGACUGAGAUUUUAAACAAUGAAAAAUUAAUCGACCACUAUUCGAAGCAGAUCGAACGAGACAAUGCUCAGGUAGAAGACUUGAAGCAUAAUCCGGUGACUCUGCAGAAUACUAGAUGCCAUUCAUGUUCACUUCCCUUGGAUCUUCCGAUUAUUUACUUUUUGUGCCAUCACUCGUACCAUGAACGGUGUCUGAACGACAGCGAGUAUGAGAAUAGUAAACACUUAAGAUCCGAGUUGGAGUGUCCGAAAUGCGCAGAGAAAACGGACACCAUAACAGCGUUACGGAAGGAACAGGAAGAAGUGAGUCAGAGGAACGAUUUGUUCGCAGUUGCCCUAGAAAACAGCUCCGAUCGUUUCAAGACUAUUACCGGGUUUUUUGCCAAGGGCAGCAUAUUCGACGGCGUGAAUUACCUUAACUAG